AUGGCUGAACCCAGCGGCCACUAUCGGGUCGUCAUUGUUGGGGGCGGAAUUGCCGGAUUGACACUCGCUUUGGCUUUUGAGCGACUCGGAGUCAGCUACGCUCUCUUCGAAGCUCGAGAUUCGCUGGAACCGGAAUACGGCGCCGGCGCGGGCGUUGGCCUGCAGCCUAAUGGACUGCGCAUACUCGAUCAACUCGGGCUGCUGGAGGAGAUCGAGCAGCAUACGCUUCCCUUGGAAACAUGGAUGUCGUUGGAUGCCAAUGGAAGGUCACUUUCUACGUCCCGAACGAUGAGCCUGUACCGUUCUAGUAUCGGAUACGGCAUCAUGUUCGUGGAGCGUCAGAAGCUUCUCCAGAUACUGUCAAGCCACCUGAAAGGGCACGGAUCGAUCCAGACAUCUACCUGCGUCGAAUCGAUCGAAGAAAACGAGGAAUAUGUCACCGUUCGCACAUUGGACGGUCUCUCCGUUACAGCCGAUGUGGUCAUAGGAGCCGACGGCGUGCGUAGCCGCGUGCGCAGUUAUAUCGAUACUAUGGUCCACAACGACGCCGAUGACUACAUGUCCGCAAAACUCGCUGCCGUAUACGGCAUGUCUUCUCCCGCCAAAGGCAUUUCUCCGGGGGACCGCUUCACGGUCUAUCGAGAAAAAGCAACUGUCGUCGGGUUUACCGGCAAAGAUGGCGUCGUGUUCUGGUUCGUCUUCGAGGACCUAGAACAGCCCUACCCCCUGUCAAAGUGCCCGCGAUACACCGCAACCGAUGCCGACACUCUCUGCCAAUCCCUCACCGAUGUACAAAUCACUCCCUCGGUGAAGUUCGCAGACCUCUACACAAACCGCAUCGUGGCUACCAAGAUCGCCGCCGAAGAGGGCGUAGCUAGAACAUGGCACACCCACCGAACUGUCAUCGUAGGUGACGCAGCACACAAGAUGACCCCCGCCGGCGGCAUGGGCGCAAACCAAGCCAUCGAGUCCUCAGCCGCCCUCGUGAACGAAAUCACAAAAGCCAUGAACUCCUUAACCAACGGACACCCCUCGCGCGAGACCAUCCGCUCCGCCCUAGCACGGUACACCGAACAGCGUCUCCGCGAGUCAGCCCCAGCUGUCGAACGAUCACGCAUGAUUUGCGAAGCGCUAUUCUGCAACGAAGGACCUGCAAUUCCCAAGCUCAGACAGAUGUUAAGUAUGUCAGAUGAGGAAUUGCUACCCCACGCAUUGGAAGAGUUUACUCGUGCGCCGGUCCUGGACGGCCUUGAGCUCUCGCCUAGGGGAGUUCAAUACGAGGAGACGGUU